AUGGCUGUGGUGGCUGGGACCGCGGGACAGGUACAAACACACACACAACAGAGAGAUAACUGGUGGUGGCUGGACGCUGGACAGGUACAAAAACACCACACAACCACAGAGACACAACAGAGACCACACCACACCACACCACAUACACACACACCCACACACACACAACACACACACACAGAGAACCACACACACACACACAGAGACACACACACACACACACACAAAUACACACACACACGAGAGAACACCGACACACACACAGACACAGAACACACACACACACACACAGACACAGACACACACACAGACACACACACACAGAGUACACCUGUGUUUGUGUAAUUAGGACACUCACUCUUCUUCUGAGAGCUCUGUCAAUAAAAUCGAAUUGUGUGUGUCUCUGUUUGUGUGUCUCUGUUUGUGUGUGUCUGUAUGUGUGUGUGUGUCUCGUGUGUGUGUGUGUCUCUGUGUGUGUGUGUGUCUCUCUGUGUGUGUGUGGUGUGUGUGGUGUGUCUCUGUGUGUGUCUGGUGUGUGUGUGUGUGUGUGUUUGUCUGUGUGUGUCUCUGUGUGUCUGUGUCUGUGUGUGUGUGUGUGUGUCUCUGUGUGUGGUGUGUGUGGUGUGUGUCUCUCUCGUGUGUGUGUGUUGUGGUCUCUGUGUGUGUGUGUGUGUGUCUCUGUGUGUGUGUGUCUCUGUGUGUGUGUGUGUGUGUGUGUGUGUGUGUGUGUGUGUCUCUGUGUGUGUCGUGUGUGUGUGUGUGUGUGUGUGUGUGUGUGUCUCCAGGUGAUCAUGCUGGGUCUGAGUGAUGAGCGGUCGGACCACACGGUCGAUGUCUCCACGGUCGACCUGCUUCAGGACCGAGAGGGGUUCACCUGGAAGGGCCAUGAUAGGCUGGAGCCCCGAGCCAGCCCUGCCCCCUUCCCUCCAGGCUUCCAGCCAUUGGUCCUGGUGCAGGCCCUACCCCCAGCCUCUGUUACCGCGGUGAUGCUGCAUGCGGAGUGGAACCUCGUAGCGUUUGGGACGAGUCACGGCUUCGGACUGUUUGACUACCACAGACGCACUGCUGUCCUGGCCAGGUACACACACACACACACACACACACACACACACAACACACACACUGCUGUACACACACAUGACUGUUCUGGCCAGGUACACACAUUUUAAAAUGUUUUAUUUGAAUCCACAAAUGGCCAAAAUGUAUGAGUCUGAUUGGACAGGCACUCUGCAGCUAUUCAGCUAAACUCAGAGGAAUCAAGUUGACCUCCGUACACAGCAGAGGAAGGACCAAGUCACCAAGUAUUAUUCCAGUCACAGGGUUUGAGUCGUCUAGUCCCAAGUAGAGCGGAUCGAGUCUCAGGUCAAGCCCAGGUCAUGCAUUCUAAGAGCAAGACGAGUCUCAGGUCAAGCCCAGGUCAUGCAUUCUAAGAGCAAGACGAGUCUCAGGUCAAGCCCAAGUCAGGGCUUUUCUAAAGCAAGACGAGUCAUACGUUUUUUAAAGGGGAAAGCCCAAAAAAAAAAAAAAUCAAACAUCAAUAAACUUUUUAAACUUCCAAUUUUUUUCCCUUUUUAUUGAUUCUCCCAGUAUUAAAUUAUUUAUUGAGUCUACCUGACUUGAUUAUUUAUUGAGUCUACCUGACUUGAUUAUUUAUUGAGUCUACCAGAUUGAUAUUUUUUGGGGUCUACUAGACUUGAUUAUUUAUUGAGUCUACCAGUAUUGAUUAUUUAUUGAGUCUACCAGUAUUGAAUUUAUUUAUUGAGUCUACCAGUAUUGAUUAUUUAUUGAGUCUACCAGUAUUUAUUAUUUAUUGAGUCUACUAGUAUUGAUUAUUUAUUGAGUCUACCAGUAUUGAUUAUUUAUUGAGUCUACCAGUAUUGAUUUUUUAAAUUGAGCCCUCCCAAUUUUGAUUUUUUAAUUGAGCUCCCCAUUUAUUGUUUAAAUUUUUGGGGUCUACCAGUAGGUUAUUUAUUAGUCAAACCGUAUUGUUUUAUUUUUUGAGCCCUACCCAGUUUUGAUUUUUUUAUUGAUUCAAACUGAUUUUUAUUAUUUAUUGAGUUACCCAGUAUUAAAUUUUUUUUUAGUCUAUAGACUUGAUUAUUUAUUGAUUUCCACCAGUAGGGGUUUUAUUUAUGGGUCACCAAAAUUGAUUUUUUUAUUGAUUUAAAACCUGACUUAUUAUUUUUUACCCUACCAGUAUUGUUUAUUUUUUGGGGAGUUCCCAUAUUUUUUAAAUUUUUGGUCUACCAGUUGAUUUUUUAAAUUGGGCUCCCAAAGUUUUGAUUAUUUUUGAGCCCUACCAGUAUUGAUUUUUUUUGAGUUACCAGUAUUGAUUUUUAUUAGUCACCGUAUUUUUAUUUUUUGAUCUAACGGGAUUUGAUUUUUUAUUGAGUCUACCAGAAAUUGUUUUUUAUUGAGUCUUUUAGACUUGUUAUUUAUUGAGUCUACCAGUUUUGUUUUAUUUUUUUGAGUUUACCAGUUUUUAUUAUUUUUGAGUUACCAGUAUUGAUUAUUUUUUGGGUCAAACCAGUUUUGAUUAUUUUUUGAGUUACUAGACUUGUUUUUUAUUGAGUCUCCCAGUUUUGAUUAUUUUUGAUUUCCCCCAUUUUUGGAUUUUUUUAAAUUGACCCAAACCAGUUUUGAUUUUUUAAAUUAAAGUCUACCAUUAUUGAUUAUUUUGAGUUUACCAUUAUUGAUUAUUUUUGGGGUUACCAGUAUUGUUUUAUUUAUUUGAGUCUACCAGUUUUGGGGUUAUUUUUUGAGUCUAAUGACUUUAUUUUUUUUAUUGAGCCCACCAGUUUUGCUUUUAAAUUGGUCAAAGGGAAUUGAUUUUUUAAAUUGAGUCUACCGGGUUUUGUUUAUUUAUUGAUUUAAAACCAUUAUUGUUUUUAUUUUUGAGUCUCCCUGAUUUGGGAUUAUUUAUUGAUUUAAAACCAGUUUUGAUUAUUUUUUGAGUCUCCCAGUUUGUUUAAUUUAUUGAGUCAAAACCAGACUUGAUUUUUUAUUGGGUCAACCGGGAUUGUUAUUUAUUGAGUCUACCAGUAUUGAUUAUUUAUUGAGUUACCAGUUUGAUUUUUUUGACCCACCAUUUAUUGUUUUUUAUUGGUCUAACUGACUUAUUAUUUUUGAGUUCCCAGUAUUGUUAUUUAUUGAGCCCAAAUAAAUUGAUUUUUUAUUGGGUCACCAGAAAUUGAUUAUUUUUUGGAGUCUCCCAGAUUAAAUUUUUUUAUUGAUCUACCAGUAUUGAUUUUUUUAUUGAGUCACCUGACUUGUUUAUUUAUUGAGCCCUCCCAUUUUGAUUUUUUUAUUGAGUUUUCCCGUUUUGAUUAUUUAUUGAGUCUACCAGUUUUUGAUUUUUUAUUGAUUUCUACCAGUUUUUGAUUUUAUUGAGUCAAACCAGUUUUGAUUUUUUUAUUGAGGUCUCCCAUUUUGAUUAUUUAUUGAGUCUACCAGUAUUGAUUAUUUAUUGAGUCUUAGGGGCAGUCCUCUCUCUUGCAGUGAUCCUAGCUGUAUUUUUUAUUUAGGGCCCGUCCCCCCUCUCUGAAAGUGAUCCAAAGCUGUAUAUUUAUUAUGGCAGCCCCUCCCUCUCGCAGCUGAUCCUAGUGUAAUUUUUUUAGGGCAGUCCCCCCUCUCUGCAGCUGACCCUUUAGGGAUAUUUUUUUAGGGCAGUCCCCCUCUCUGCGGGCUGUCCUAGCGGGAAAUUUUAUUUAGGGCACCCUCCCCUCUGCAGCGGAUCCUAGCGUAAAAUUUAUUUAUGGCAUCCCCCUCUCGGCCCUGUCCUAGCUGAAAUUUUUUAUUUAGGGGCAGCCCUUUCCCUCUCGAAGCUGAUCCAGCUUGUAAUUUAUUUAUGGCAGUCCCCCCUCUCUGCACCCUGAUCCUACCUUUUAUUUUUUUUUUUUGGGGCCGGUCCUCUCUCUCGGCAAAGCUGACCCUAGGAAAUUUUUAAAUUUUUUGGCAGUCCCCUCUCUGCAGCUGAUCCUAGCUGUAUAUUUAUUUAUGGCAGUCCUCCCUCUCUGCAGCUGAUCCUAGCUGUAUAUUUAUUUUGGAAAGCCCCUCCCUUUUGGCACUGACCCUUAGCUGUAUAUUUUUUAGGGCAGUCCUCCCUCUCUGCGGCUGAUCCUGUGUAUUUUUUUUAGGGCAGCCUUUCCCUCUCUGCGAAUUAAUUUUGAAAUUUUAUUUAUGGCAGUCCCUCCCUCUCUGCAGCUGAUCCUAGCUGUAUAUUUAUUUAUUGGCAGUCCUCCCUUUUGCAGUGACCUGGGCUGUAUUUUUUUUUAUGGCAGCCCUCCCCCCUUUUUGGCAGCUGACCAGCUUUAAUUUUUUUUAGGGGCCAAGUCCCCCUCUCGGCAGCUGAUCCUAGCUGUUAUUUUGAUUAUGGCAGUCCCCCCUCCUGCAGCUGAUCCUAGGGAUAUUUUUUUAGGGAAGUCCUCCCUCUCUGCAGUGAUCCUAGCUGUAAUUUAUUUAGGGCAGUCCCCCUCUCUCACUGAUCCUAGCUCGUAUUUAUUUAGGGCAUUUCCCCCUCUCUGAGUGAUCCUAGCUUUAUUUUUUAAUUUUGGGCAGUCCCCCCCUCUCUGCGGGCUGAUCUAGCUGCGUAUUUAUUUAUGGCAGUCCUCCCUCUCUGCAGCUGUCCUAGUUUGUAUUUUAUUUGGGGGCAGUCCUCCCCCCUCGCAGCGGAUCCAGCUGGUAUUUUUUGGCAGUCCCCCUCUGCAGUGCCCUAGUUUUAUAUUUUUUUUUUAUGGCAGUCCCCCCCUUCUGCAGCUGACCUAGCUGCGUAUUUUUAUGGCAUCCUCCCUCUAAUCAGUGACCCUAGAGUUUGUAUAUUUAUUUAUGGCAGCCCUCUCUCUCGGGAAAGCGACCCUAGAGCUUUUAUUUUUUAUUUAUGGAGUCCUUCUCUCUGCAGUGACCUAGCUGUAUAUUUUUUUAUGGCGGGCCCUCCCUUGAGUGAUCCCUACUGUAUAUUUUUUUUUGGGCAGUCCUCUCUUUUUGCAGUUUGAUCCAGGCGGGUUUUUUUAUUUAUGGCAGCCCCCUCUCUCUCUGCAGUUGAUCCUACCUGUAUUUUUUUUAUGGAAUUUCCUCUUUUCUCUGCGUGAUCCAGUGUAUAUUUAUUUAUGGAAAGUCCCCCCUCUCGCGGCUGAUCCUAGCUGUAUUUUAUUUAUGGAAGUCCCUCUCUCGGGCCUAAACCUAGGCUUUUAAUAUUUAUUUAGGGCCGCCCUCUUUUCUCUGCACUGAUCCUAGCUGUAUUUUUUUAUGGCAGUCCCCCCCUUUUUCAGCUGAUCCUGGGCGUAUAUUUUUUUAUGGCAGUCCGCCCCUCUCUGCAGUUUGUCCUAGUUGGUAUUUAUUUAUGGCAGUCCCUCUCUUUUGCAGCCGAUCCAGAGCUGUAUUUUUUUUUAAGGCAGUCCCCCUCUUCUGCGUGAUCCUAGUGAAAUAUUUUUUUUUGGCAGCCCCUCUCUCUCCAGCUGACCCUGCUGUAUUUUUAUUUAUGGCAUUUCCUCUCUCUCUGCAGCUGUUUCCUAGCUUUAAUAUUUUUAUGGCACCCUCUCUCUUUUUUGCAGCUGAUCCUAGCUGUAUAUUUAUUUAUGGCAGUCCUCCCUCUCUGCAGCUGAUCCUAGCUGAAAUUUAAAUUUAGGGGCAUUUCCUCUUCUCCUGAAAUUUUAUCCUACUGUUUAUUAAUUUAGGGCAGCCCCUCUCUCUCUGCGGGCUGAUCCUAGUGUAUUUUUUAUUUAUGGCAGCCCCUUUUCUCUCUGCACGGAUCCUGGCUUAUAUUUAUUUAUGGCGGGUCCCCCCCUUUUCUGCAGGUUUCCUAGCUGUAUAUUUUUUUUAUGGCGUCCUCUCUUCUGAAAGCUGACCCUUUGAGCUGUAUAUUUUUUUUUAUGGCAGUCCUUCUCUUUUUGCAGCUGAUCCUAGCUGUUUUUUUUAUUUUUUCAGUCCUCUCUCUCUCCCACUGCCCUAGUUUGAUAUUUAUUUAGGGCCCGUCCUCCCUCUCUGCAGCUGAUCCUAGCGGGAUUUUUUAUUUAUAAAAAGUCCUCUUCUUGCAAGCUAUCCUAGAGGGGAAAUUUAUUUUGGAGCCUUUUCUCUUGCGCUGAUCCAGCUGUUUUUUUAUUUAUGGCAUCCCCCCCUCUCGGCAGCGGAUUACUGCGAUUUUUUUAUGGCAGUCCCCCCUCCCAGCCUGAUCCAAACUGUAUAUUUAUUUAGGGCCCGUCCCUCUCUUUUGGCUGAUCCUUGGGCUGUAAUUUUUUUAUGGCAGUCCUCUCUUCGCGCUGAUCCUAGCGUAUAUUUUUUUAUGGCAGUCCUCUCUCUCUGCAGUGUCCUGCUGCGUUUUUAUUUAUGGCGUCCCCCCCUCUCUGCGCUGAUCCUAGCUGUUAUUUUUUUUGGAAAUUCCUUCUCUCUGCAGUGAUUUUUAUGUAUAUUUAUUUAUGGCAGUCCUCUCUCUCUGCAGCGACCCUAGAGCUGUUUUUUUUAAGGGCCCGUCCCUCUCUCUCUGCAGCUGAUCCUAGCUGAUAUUAUUUAGGCAGCCCUCUCUCUUCGGGAAUCCUAGAGCUUAGUUUUAAUUUAGGGGCAGCCCUCCUCUCUGAAAAGUUGACCCUAGCUUUUAUUUUUAUUUAUGGCAGUCCCCCCCCUCUGAAGUGUUUCCUAGGGGUUUGUAUAUUUAUUUAUGGCAGUCCUCCCUCCGGGAGCGGAUCCAGCUUUAUUUUUUUUUAGGGCACCCCCUCUUUCUGCACGGGAUCCUAGCUGUAAUUUAUUUAGGGCGCCCCUCUUUUCCUUUUCCAGUGAUUUAGAGCUUAUAUUUUUUUAGGGGCAGCCCUCCCUUCUGCACCCUGAUCCUAGAGCUGAAAUUUUUUAUUUAUGGCGUCCUUUUCUCUCGCGGAUCCUAGGUAUUUUUAUUUAUGGCAGUCCUUCUCUCUGCACUGACCUAGAGCUUUUAUAUUUAUUUAUGGCAGUCCUUUUCCCCUCUGAAGUUUGACCCUAGAGUGUUAUUUAUUUAUGGCAUUCCUCUCUCUGCAGCUGAUCCUAGAGCUGUAUAUUUUUUAGGGCAGUCCUUCAUUCUGCAGUGUCCUACUGUUAUUUUUUUAUGGCAGUCCUCCCUCCUGCAGCGGAUCCUGGGCUUUUAUUUUUUUAGGGAUUUCCCUCCUCUCUGCAUUUUACCCUAGAGCUGAAAAUUUAUUUAUGGCAGCCCUCCUCUCUGCAGCUGAUCCUGCUGUAUAUUUUUUUAGGGCAGUCCCCUCUCUCGCAGUGUCUAGCUGUAAAAUUAUUUAUGGCGUCCUCCCUCUCUGCAGCUGACCCUACCUGUUAUUUAUUUAUGGCAUCCCCCUCUUUUUCUGCAGCUGACCCUAGAGCUUUUAUUUUUUAUUUAUGGCAGCCUCUCUCUUGCAUUGAUCCUAGUUUGUAUAUUUUUUUAUGGGGGUUCCUCCCCUUUGCGUUUGUUUCCAGCGUAUAUUUUUUAGGGCAGUCCCCCCUCUCCCCAGCUUUUCCUAGCUGCGUAUUUUUUUAAUGGCAGUCCUCUUUCUGCAGCUAAACCCUAGAGCUGUAUAUUUUUUUUAUGCAGUCCUCUCUCUCUGCAGCUGAUCCUAGCUGUAUAUUUAUUUAUGGCAGCCCUUCCCUCUGCAGCUAAACCCACUGAAAUAUUUAUUUAGGGGCAGCCCUCUCUCUUGCAGUGAUCCUAGCGUUAUUUUUUUAUGGCAUUUCCUCCCUCCCCUGAGUGAUCCUAGCCUUAUUUAUUUAUGGCAGCCCCCUCUCCCCCUCUGCGCGUUUCCUAGCUGCUUUAUUUAUUUAGGGCAGUCCUCUCCCCUUGAAGCUGAUCCUAGCUCCAUUUUUAAAUGGCGGGCCUUUCCUCUCUGCAGCUGACCCCUAGAGCGGUUUUUUUUAUUUUUUGGGCAGCCUCUCUCUCUGCGCUGAUCCUAGUUUGAAUAUUUAUUUUUUGGCAUUCCUCUCCCCGGGCAGCUAAACCCUAGUGUUUUUAAAUUUAUGGCAUUCCUCUUCUCUGCAGCUGACCCUGAGUGUAUUUUUAUUUUGCAGUCCCUUCCCCUUUUGCAGCUGACCUAGCUUUAAAUUUUAUUUAUGGCAGUCCUCUCUUUCUGCAGCUGACCCUUUAGGGGUUUUUUUUAAUGGCAGCCCUCUCUCUGCAUUUGUUUCCUCUGUAUAUUUUUUUAGGGGCAGUCCUCUCUCUCUGGGGCUGACCCUAGCGGGAAAUUUUUUAUUUUGGGCCCGUCCCUCUCUCUGCAUUUAUCCUAGAGCUGUAUAUUUAUUUAUGGCAGUCUCUUUUCCUGAAAACUGUUUCCUAGAGCUGUAUAUUUAUUUAUGGCAGUCCUCUCCCCUUCUGAAGCUGAUCCAAAUUGUAUUUUUAUUUAUGGAAGCCCUCUUCUGCAGCAUCCUGGGCUGUAUAUUUUUUUUACGGCAGUCCCUCCUCUCGCGUGAUCCUAGAGCUGUAUAUUUUUUUUGGGCAGCCUCUCUCUCUGCACUGAUCCUAGCUGUAUAUUUUUUAUGGCAGUCCCCCCCCCCCUUUUGCAGCUAAACCCCUAGCUGUGUAUUUAUUUUUUUGGCAGUCCCCCUCUCUGCACUGACCCUACUGAAAUAUUUUUUUUUAUGGCAGUCCUCCCUCUCUGCAGCUGACCUGGGGGGGUUUAUUUAUUUAUGGCGGGUCCCCCCCUCUCUGCACUAAACCCUAGGAUAUUUAUUUUGGCAGUCCUCUCUCUCGGGCAGUUUUCCUAGAGCGGGAAUUUUUUUUUAUGGCAGCCCCUCUCUUUUUCGGGCCCUGACCAAACUGUAUUUUUAAAUUUAAAUGGCAGCCCUCUCUCUCUGCAGCGGACCCCUAGUGCGUUUUUUAUUUAUGGCAGUCCCCCUCUCUGCAGCGACCCCAGCUUUUAAAUUUAUUUAGGGCCCGUCCUCUCUCUGGCAGCUGAUCCUAGAGUUUAAAUUUUUUUUUAUGGCAGCCCUUCUCUUUCAGCUGAUCCUAGCUGUAUUUUUAAUUUUUUGGCAUUUUCCCCUCUCUCUCUGCAGUUUAUCCUGGGUGUAUAUUUUAUUUAUGGCAGUCCUCUCUCUCUGCAGCUAAACCCUUUUAGCUGAUUUUUUAUUUUGGCAGCCCCGCCCUCUCGGGCGGCUGAUCCUAGAGCUUUAUAUUUUUUAGGGGCAGUCCCCCCCCCCUUUUUGCAGCGACCAAAGCUUUUUUAUUUUUUUUAUGGCCGCCCUCUCUCUUUUGCAGCUGAUCCUGCGGUAUAUUUUUAGGGAAAGCCCCUCCUCUCUGAAGCUGAUCCUAGAGUUGUAAUUUUUUUUUUAUGGAUUCCUCUCUCUCUGCAGCUGAUCCUAGAGCUGUAUUUUAUGGCAGUCCUCUUUUCGGGGGCGCUGACCUGGGUUUAAAUUUUUAUUUAUGGAGUCCUUCUCUUGAAAGUGAUCCUAGGCUGUUUUUUUUUUUAAAAUGGCAGUCCUCUCUUCUGAAAGCUGACCCUAGAGGUAUUUUUAUUUAUGGCAGUCCCCCUCUCUGCAGCUGAUCCUAGAGCGGAAUAUUUAUUUAUGGCAGUCCUCUCUCUCGAAAGCUAAAUCCUAGCUUUUUUUUAUUUAUGGAGUCCCCCCUCUCGCAGUGAUCCUGGGCGGUAUUUUAUUUAUGGCAGUCCCUCUCCUGCAGCUGAUCCAGAGCUGUAAUUUUUUUAUGGCAGUCCUCCUCUCUGCAGCUGAUCCUACGGGUUAUUUAUUUAGGGAAUUUCCCUCUCUCUUGCGGGCGAUCCAAAGCUGAAAUAUUUUUAAAAGGCCUUUCCCCCCUCUCUGCAGCUGAUCCAGCGUAAUUUUUUUAUGGCAGCCCUCUCUCUCUGAGCUGAUCCUGAGCUUUUAAUUUUUUUUUUAUGGCAGCCCUCUCCUCUGCGCUGAUCCUAGCUGUAUAUUUUUUUAGGGCAGUCCCCCCUUUCUUGAAAAGCUGAUCCUAGCUUUUAUAUUUUUUUAAAGGGCAUUCCUCCCUCUCUCCCAAGCUGUCCUAGCUGCGUAUUUUUUUGGGCAUUCCUUCUCUCUCCCAGCUGACCCCUAGAGCUGUUUAUUUUUUUUUAGGGCGUCCUCUCUUCCUGCGUGAUUUAGCGGUAUAUUUAUUUAGGAAAGUCCUUUUCUCUGAAAGCUAAAUCCUAGCUUUUUUAUUUAUUUAAGGAAAAGUCCUCUCUCUCUGAAAGGCUGAUUUUAGCUUUUUUUUUAUUUAUGGCGUCCUCUCUCUCUGCAGCUGAUCCUAGUUUUAUAUUUUUUAUGGCACCUCCCUCUCUGCAGUGAUCCAAAGCGGAAAAUUUUUAUUUAUGGCAGUCCCUCUCUCUGCAGGGGACCCUAGCUUUUAUUUUUAGGGCAGCCCCUCUCUCUCGAGCUGAUCCUAGCUUAUUUUUUAUUUUUUGGCAGUCCUCUCCUCUGCAGCUGAUCCUAGUGUAAUUUUUUUAAAUGGCAGUCCUCCCUUUCUGCGGCUGAUCCUAUGUUAUUUAUUUUUUGGGCAGUCCCCCCUCUUGCGUUAUCCUAGGGGCGAAAUUUAUUUAUGGCAGUCCCUCUUCUGCAGUGAUCCUAGCUCCAUAUUUAUGGGGGCCUCCUCUCUGCAGCUGUCCUAGGGGCUUAAUUUAUUUAGGGGAAAUUCCUCUUUUCUCUAGCUAAAUCCUAGCGGUAUAUUUAUUUAUGGCAGUCCUCUCUGGCACUAUCCUAGCUGUAUAUUUUAUUUUAGGGCAGCCCCUCCCCUCUCCAGCUGAUCCUAGACUGUAUAUUUUUUAAUUGGAGUCCCUCUCUCUGCAGCUGUUUCCUAGCUGUAUUUUAUUUUUUGGCAGCCCCUCCCCUCUCUGAAAAGCGUUUUUUUUAGCUCCCUUUAUUUAUUUAUGGCAGGCCCUCUCUCUGAAGCUAAACCCUAGCUGUAUAUUUUAAUUUAGGGCCCAUUCCUCUCUUCUGCAGCUGAUCCUAGCUGUAUCUUUAUUUAGGGCGGCCUCUCUCUGCGUUUUAUCCUAGAGCUGUAUUUUUAAAUUUAGGGGCAGCCCUUUUCCUGCAGCUAUCCUAGAGCUGAUAUUUUUUAUGGCAGUCCUCUCUCUCUUUGCAGCUGAUCCUAGUGUAUAUUUUUUUUUAUGGCAUUCCUCUCUUUUGAAAGCUGAUCCUAGUGUAAUAUUUUUUUUACGGGGGGGCCCCUCUUUUUCUCUGAAGCUGACCCUAGGCUGUAUAUUUUUUAUGGCAGUCCUCUCUCCCCCCCCCAGCUGAUCCUAGGGAAUUUUUAUUUAUGGCAGUCCUCUCUCUCUGCAGCUGUCCAAAGCUGUAUUUUUAUUUUUUGGCAGCCCCUUCUCUCUGCAGCUGAUCCAGCUGUAUAUUUAUUUAUGGCAUCCCCCUCUCUCCCAAGCUGACCCCUAGUUGGUAUAUUUAUUUAUGGCAGUCCUCCCUCUCUGCAGCUGAUCCUAGAGCUGUAUAUUUAUUUAUGGCAGUCCUCUCUCUCUGCAGCUGAUCCUAGCUGUAUAUUUAUUUAGGGAGUCGUCUCCUGCAGAAUGACCCUAGGUAUAUUUAUUUAGGGAGUCCUCUCUCCUCGCAGCGCCCCCUAGCUGUAUUUUUAUUUAGGGCCCUCCUCUCUUUUUCACUGAUCCUAGAGCGGGUAUAUUUUUAGGGCAGUCCUCCCUCUCGGCAGCUGAUCCUCCUGUAUAUUUAUUAUGGCAGUCCCUCUCUUGCAGCUGAUCCUGAGCUUUAUAUUUAUUUUUAGGCAGUCCCCCUCUCGGAAAGCUGAUAAAGCUGUAUAUUUAUUUAUGGAAAGCCCUUCUCUCUCUGCACUAAAUCCUAGAGCUGAAAUUUAUUUUUGGCAGUCCUCUCUCUCUGCAGCUGACCCUAGUGAAAUUUUUUUUUGGGCCCGUCCUCUCUCCCCUGCAGCUGUUUCCAGAGCUGAAAUUUUUAUUUAUGGCAGUCCUCCCUCCUGCAGCUAAAUCCUAGCGGUUAUUUUUUUAGGGGCGGGUCCUCUCUCUUGCAGCUGACCCUUUAAAAGCUGUAUUUUUAUUUAGGGCAGUCCUCUCCCCUCUGCAGGGGAUCCUGCGGUAUAUUUAUUUAUGGCAGUCCCUCCCUCUCUGAAACGACCCUGCUGUAUAUUUUUUUAUGGCAGUCCCCCUCUCUUUUGCAGCGGUCCUGCUGUAUAUUUAUUUUUGGGCAGCCCUCUCCUCUGAAACUGAUCCUGGGCCCUUGUUAUUUAUUUAUGGAAGUCCUCUCUCUUUUCAGCUGUUUCCUAGAGCUGAAAUUUUUAAAUUUAGGGCAGCCCUCUUCUUGCAGCUGACCCUAGCUGUUAUUUAUUUAGGGCCCAGCCCUCUCUCUCGGAAAGCUGAUCCUAGCUGUAUUUUUAUUUAGGGCCUUUCCUCUCCUCUCCCCGUGACCCUAAGCUGUAUAUUAUUUUUUGCGGGCCCUCUCUCUCUGCGUGAUCCUAGCUGUAAUUUUUUAUGCAGUCCUCUCUCUUGCAGCUGACCUGCUGUAUAUUUAUUUAUGGCAGUCCUCUCUCUCUGCAGCUGAUCCUAGCUGUAUAUUUAUUUAUGGCAGUCCUCUCUCUCUGCAGCUGAUCCUAGCUGUAUAUUUAUUUAUGGCAGUCCUCUCUCUCUGCAGCUGAUCCUAGAGCUGUAUAUUUAUUUAUGGCAGUCCUCUCUCUCUGAAAAGUUUCCCUAGCUGUAAUUUAUUUAGGGGCAGUCCUCUUCUCGGGCAGCGGAUCCUAGCUGUAAUUUUUUUAUGGCGUCCUUCCUCUGAAAUGAUCCUGCUGUAUAUUUUUAUGGCGUCCUCUCUCUCGCGGGAUCCAAAGCGUAUUUUUUAUUUAGGGGGCAGUCCCUUUCUCUGAAAUUGAUCCUGGAGCUAAACCCGCACGCAGCACUCUGUUCGCAGUCCCCUGACCUUUUGGUGAUUGACAUUUGUGGCCCAAAUCAGGGGGCCCCGAGUGUUUUUUUUCACUACCCAAAUUGUUCCCAACUUUUUUUUUUGGCGGGGUGGAGAGUAACCCACGGGGGACUCGGUGCUAAAAAAUGAGUGCCCAAAACUUUCCCCCAAAAAAACCCCGGGCCCCAGACCAUUCAAGUCACCCGGGCUCAAGUCAAGGCUCAAGUUUUUUGUUUUCUAUAAAGCCCAAUUUGACGGGAAAGUAAACACCUUUUGCACAACCCAUGUUGUGCCCAAAUUUUUGGUAUUUUGGUUUUUUAAAACCCCAGGUAAAAAGGGCCCAAAUGGUAAGAUGACUCUCCAGGUGUCCCCUCUGGUGUGUUGUUAAGCUGUUCUAUCUCUCUGUCUCCAGGUGUCCCCUCUGGUGUGUUGUUAAGCUGUUCUAUCUCUCUGUCUCCAGGUGUCCCCUCUGGUGUGUUGUUAAGCUGUUCUAUCUCUCUGUUGUCUCCAGGUGCCCCCCGGUGGGGUUUUUAAGCUGUUUAUCUUCUGUUUUCCCAGGUGCCCCCUCGGGGGUGGUUUUUAACUUUUUUCUACCCUCUCUGUUGUUGUCCCCAGGUCCCCUGCACCCUAAGGGACCCCCUGCGAUGGAGGGUCCUCUAA